CGGAAGCUCAGUGUGAAGACAGGAACAACAAAGAAGGGAAGAGUCCGGGGUUUUAAACCUACUUUGGACCACGCCAGGGAAUAAAAUCCAGAAACUAACCACUGUCCAUAGUAGGGCAAGAUACUUUGGUGUGCAUGUGAGGACAAGUGUCAGCGAAGCCAACCAUGGCGAACAAUGCAGAGGAUAUUGAAAACAACGUGCAGGAGCACCAGGAGACCAAUACGGCCAAUACAGCCCAGGCAGCCACUCAGCAGCCCCAACAGGCUGGAGGGACCAGAGCUCGUUCCAGGGGAGGAGGUGGAGCUGGAGGAGGUGAUGGUGGAGGUGGAGGAGGUGAUGGUGGAGGUGGAGGAGGCGGUGGCAGCAGCGGUCCAGAGCAGAACGGGCAGCCACCCGCCGCUCGGCCUCCUCGUGUGGUGGAGACCGAGGAGGAUGAAGACGAGGAGCUGACCUUGAAAUACGGAGCCAAGCACGUCAUCAUGCUGUUUGUGCCCGUGACCCUCUGCAUGGUAGUCGUCGUGGCAACCAUAAAGUCUGUCAGCUUCUACACUCAGAAUGACGGGCAGAGAUUGAUCUACACACCAUUCCCUGAAGACACGGACACAGUAGGACAGAGAGCCCUCAACUCUAUCUUGAACGCCACCAUCAUGAUCACUGUGAUCAUCGUCAUGACGUUGGUGCUGGUGCUGUUAUACAAAUACCGUUGCUACAAGGUGAUCCAAGGUUGGCUCUUCCUCUCCUCCCUCCUCUUGCUGUUCUUCUUCUCUUACAUCUACCUCAAAGAGGUUUUCAAGACCUACAAUGUGGCCAUGGACUAUUUAACCUUGGCAUUAAUAAUUUGGAACUUCGGAGUGGUGGGCAUGAUGUGCAUUCACUGGAAAGGGCCACUGCGGCUCCAGCAGGCCUACCUCAUCAUGAUCAGCGCCCUCAUGGCCCUGGUUUUCAUCAAGUACCUGCCAGAGUGGACCGCCUGGCUCAUAUUAGCCGUCAUAUCUGUCUACGAUCUGUUAGCGGUGCUCUGUCCCAAAGGGCCUCUGAGGAUCCUGGUGGAGACGGCUCAGGAGAGGAACGAACCCAUCUUUCCAGCUCUCAUCUACUCUUCUACGAUGGUGUGGCUCGUCAACAUGGCAGACGUCGAAGGGCCGAAAAGGAACUCGACAGAAGCAGCUUCACCUCAGCCAGAGACUCAAGGUGCCAUGGUGUCUCCGGCUCCCUCCAGUCCGUCACAGGACGACGGAGGCUUCAGCCAGUCCUGGGUCAGCAACCAGGAUCACCAGCUGGGGGAACUCCAGUCAACCGAAGAUAGCAGACGGGAGAUCCAGCAGAUGCCCUCCGAUCGUCCUGUUGUUAUCGAUGAAGACGAUGAAGAGAGGGGCGUCAAGCUGGGGCUCGGAGACUUCAUCUUCUACAGCAUGCUGGUGGGAAAGGCCUCAGCCGCAGCCAGCGGCGACUGGAACACCACGCUCGCUUGCUUUGUAGCCAUCCUCAUCGGCUUGUGUCUGACGCUGCUGCUCCUGGCCAUCUUCAAGAAAGCACUCCCCGCUCUGCCCAUCUCCAUUUUUUUCGGCCUGGUCUUCUACUUCGCCACAGACAACUUGGUACAGCCCUUCAUGGACAAGCUGGCGCUACACCAGUUCUACAUUUAGCAGGAUACUGCCCUGAUAACCCUCACCCACAUAGCUCUCCAGCCAACAACACGAGAGCGGUCCCUUUACAGCCAGGGAACAAAGGGCGAUGUAGGCGCCCCUCCUGCCCCCACAUCCCCUCCUAAGGACUCAUGAUGUUGGGACACAAGUUGUUUUUGUUCUGCCUUUCUUUCUGGCGCCAAGGGAGGGUAUUCCCCACAACAGCUGUUCUUGAACAUUUUAUUUUUGUUUUAAACCCAAAAGUGACAUUUCUCUAAUCUGAAGCAGUUCUGUUGCAUCAGUCCAAGGGAAGAUCGCUCCACUUGGGACCCCAUCUUCACAUCGUUUUUGCUGAUCACCGGUCUCAGGCAAAAUCCAAACUAGGAGAAGUUAGUGGGACUAUUUUACAUUUUUAUUUAUCCAGGGAAGCUUUACAGGAGCUUGUUUGCUCUUUUUGUUUUCAGCAGCUUCCAGCGUCACAUCCUCACACUUUCAUAUCUUGGAGCUGCCCAGUCCCACAAGUCUCCCACUGUCGACCACUGAGCAGCUCUACUGGAGCAACUGGGGCUUCACAGCAGGUGCCUUGCUCAGGGACACCUUUGACGGUAGCUGUUAAGAAAAGUGAGACCGUUUCAUUGAGUCUCCCUUCAAAGACUUAAACAUCUUUCCUGUCGCAAGUCCAUUUUCACGACUUGUGAGCUACCAGCGCCCCUCAGACUGAACAGAAGAUUAAAAAGCCUUCAUCAAACUAGUGGACACUCGAUGAUGAUAUUGAUGAUAGAUUGGUAAAUGUGUAGUGUGAUUGUGUAUGAGCUGUCAGUCACCAGAGAGUGCUUUCCUCACCGCUGUUAAGAAUGGUUAGUCUCUCUCCCCCCCGCCCUCCCCCCUCCCCCACUCCUCCCUCACUUUUAGACACGCUGAAGCUCUGAAGUCAGAGCGAUUGAAGCCCUGAAAGUUUUUUGCUCAACUGGAAGUUUUGAUCAUGUGGAAACAUUUCAUUGUCUCUAGCAUUAAAAUACGAGUGCUGAUGUUGCACCAAAUCACUUGAGAGUUCACCAUUCACUACAUUCUCUGCCCUCAUUCUUACCUUAAAUCACAUUUAAAGUCACAGCGGGCAGCCUGAAGAAGACACACAGACACACAGACACACACACACACACACACACACACACACACACACACACACACACACACACACACGAGAAUUGCCUGUCAUGUACUGUCAGCCACUGAGCAGUUCUGCUGGAGCAGUUGGAGGUUCAGUGCCUUGCUCAAGGGCAUUUCAGUAGUAAUAGUUGUUGUUGUUAUUGUGGGACAGAAAAUGUGCUUUUCAUUCUCUACCCUGACAGAGAUUUGAUUUUAGUGUUUUUUUCCAACCUGUACAGGGAUUGUAACCUCUGAUCAUCUGGUCACAAACUCUGAACCUUUAGGCUACAGCUGCCCCCAUGAUGCUCGCCUGGUGCUGUCUGGAACUAUGCUACAUCAAACACGAGUUAUUUCUACUAUACAUACAUACACAGAUACUGUUGUGAUUUUCAAGAUAUGCAGAAGACAAAUAUUGUACUUUUUUUGAAACAUGGGGAUAAGUGAUAACAGAGUUCCUACGCAGAUCAGGAAAACUAGACAUUUUUUAAAUCAAAUUUAAAAGGAACCAAAAAGUUAAAUCAAGGCGACAAAGAAGAAGCUUGAUCAUGAAUAAUAAAAUGUGAAAACCUGAACGUGGUGGUUUCUCAUAUGAGGUAAUGCGGCCUGGUUAGAAAGAGGACAAGCUGCACUGAUUGCUCUUUUUUUGUUGCAUUCAAAUUUCAUGCUUGCAGAGAAGAAACCAAGAGAGAACAAUAAAAUAAUAUUUGUUCUGAGACUUUUUAUUUUCCCUUUUUUUUUCAUUUUAGGGAACAUGUUGGGUGACUGGCUUUUUUCUGUCCUUCACAUGCAUAUGUGUGUUAUGCAAGGUUAUUCAAUUCAAAUUUUGCUCUUUUUUAAAAAUAAAUAAUGAAACUG